AUGUCUGGAGUGGAAGAAGGCGAAAAGCCAGAUCAUGAGAAUGAGACCAAUGAGGCCAGCGAGCUGGCUACUCGACAAGUCUGGUCCGACGAGGAGUGGAGGCAAUGGAAUAGGAGUCGGUGGGGUUCCUGGGGAGACUGGAAAAAGCCAGUCUAUUGGUCGGCUUCUACUAGGCCGGAGUCUUCAUCCUCGCAACCUGCAGGUCAUGGCACGGAGACGACAGCAGCUCCUUCCAGGCCAGAUCCGUGGACUCACGGAGAUCCCUGGCAGCAACCAUGGCAACAUCCCGGCGGGUGGAACACCUCGAGCUCUUGGUGGUCCUCCGGCGGAAAAGGGGACUAUGCUGACCCGCCCUCGUGGGCUGGAUGGGGAAACUAUAGGUUGUGGAGAAGGGCUCUCCGUCGAUGGGAUGGCAACACGGAUGUGGCGGUUUGGAGGAGAGCGGAAAAGGUGCUCAAGUCGCUGGACUGGGAACUCCAGUCGAAGCUAGAUCACCUGUCGGAAACCACGUUGGCAUCCACCAGCUUCCUCUCGGAGAUCUUCUCGGUUCUGGACGUGCUAGCUGGAGAAAAGGAAGACACCGAAAAGAGAAGAAGAGUGAGAGCAGCUCUCUAUGAGGGGGCCCGCAGAAACGAUGAGUCGUUGGCUGAAUACGCCCUCCGACGAGAUGCGCAGUUCGAGAAUGCCAGGCGGUUCAUGGACAUUCCGGAGGAGCUCAAGGGGAUCAUGUUGGAAGAGCAGGCCGGGUUGUCAAGACAGGGAGCUCAGAACCUGCGCACGCUCACUGGCGGGCAACACGACUAUCGACAGGUUCGAAAGGCACUGCAAGUCCUCGACUGUGAGGAAGAGUCCAUGAUCAAGGGUCAGAAACCCUCCUACCUCCUAGACAUCGAGCAGGCGGAGUCGGAGGGAGACUAUGAGCCUGAUCAGGACGAAGAGAUUUUCGUGGCCUUGGAGUACCAGGACGUCGACGAGUACGAGGCGAUGAACCUGUUGGCGGAGCUGGGCUCCGACCGAAAGAGAACGUGGAAAGAGAACAGGCUGUUGAAGGCUGCACAGAAGAAAGACCGCAGGCACUUCGAUCAGAAGGAUUCGAGGCCACCAAGGUCCAGCACGAAGAGAAGACUUUCCAUCCAGGAGCUCAAGAAGGUGACGAAGUGUGGAAACUGCGGAGAAAAGGGCCACUGGCAUGAGGAAUGCCAGAAGCCCCAUCGUCCCAAAGGAGCACGACCAGGUGGCAAUGCGUUCGUGUUUCUUGGCUCAGGAGGCAGCGAACCAGCAUCAAGCGGAUUCUUUUUGGCUUCGCUGCUCGAGGUGGAUGGCGGAAAUUGGGCAGCUGGGCAAAACCAAUUCUCCUUCCUGCAACUCCCAGCAGGGGGGGCAAUCAUCGACCCAGGGGCCUCUCAAGACCUCAUCGGGUUGAAGAGUUUCGAACGGCUACAGCAGAAGUUGGCCAGUGUAGGGCUUCGUGCUGUCAAGCUGGAGCAGCCGCCGGACCCAGCAUCUGGCUUUGGCGGACAGGCCAAAACUUUGUUCAAUGCUCUCACCCCGUGCAUCCUGGGAGGCAAGCCCGGGGUCAUCAAGCUGACGGUGGUAGAAGAAGAUGUUCCGCAGUUGUUGUCAAUAGGACUUUUGGAACACGCGAAGAGCGUGAUCGACACAGACCAGAACUUGAUUUUCUUCAAGAGCUUCGGCGCACAGGACCAAAUGAAUCGUUUGGCCUCAGGACACCGUGCCCUCGCCUUCAACCAGGCCUUGAGUGAACUAGAAUGGCUCCAGAUGCUCAUUCGAGAUGUGCUUUGGGGAGACGUUGAACUCUCCGACUGGACUCAAUCCUUGACUCCUUUUGUGGCCGUGCUUCGAGAGGAUUGUAAGAUGAAGA